GUCCUUGGGCUAAAGAUGAUAAUGGUGCUUUUUUCAAAGCUGCCCUUUUUCAGGCCCUCCAGGAGUUGGUAAAACAACAACAGCACACAUGGUCUGCAAAGAAGCAGGUUAUGACUUUAUUGAGCUCAAUGCAUCAGAUGCUCGCUCCAAGCGCACUUUGGAUGAAGUUGUUUCUGAACUUCUUUCAAACAAAACUUUAGCUGGUUUCACUAAGAGCAAAGGCCAGAGUAAUACCAGUGCCAAACAUGCUUUAGUGAUGGAUGAGGUGGAUGGAAUGUCUGGCAAUGAAGACAGAGGUGGAGUUCAGGAGCUGAUCACUCUCAUAAAGAAAUCUAAAAUACCAAUCAUAACAAUGUGUAAUGACAGGAAUCACCCUAAAAUUCGUUCAUUAGCCAAUCAUUGUUUUGACCUCAGAUUCUACAAACCAAGGAUUGAGCAAAUCAGGGGGCCAAUGAUGUCUAUAUGCUUCCGUGAGGGUAUCCAAAUUAAACCUGAUGCCCUCGAUCAGAUAAUCAUUGGAUCAAACCAGGACAUAAGGCAGAUCCUUCACCAUCUAUCUAUGUGGUCAGCCAAUGAAAAAAAUCUGCAAGUUGGUGAUAUGAAGCGAGAAGCAGAAAAAGCCAAGAAAGACAUGAAAAUGGGUCCAUGGGAUGUCUGUAAAAAAGUAUUUUCAGAGGCUGACCACAAAACAAUGAGUCUCUAUGAUAAGUCUGACCUGUUCUUCCAUGAUUAUUCCAUUGCACCCCUUUUUGUUCAAGAAAAUUAUCCAAAAGCUGUUCCACAUAUUGCCAGGGGUAAUCGCCGCACCACUUUGGAACAACUUGCUAAAACUGCAAGCAGUCUUGCAGAUGGAGACUUAGUGGAGAAAGCCAUUAGGUCUAAAAAUGCAUGGUCUCUCCUUCCUACUCAGGUAAGAUAUCAAAUAUUGAGCUUUUCAUAAAAGGAAAAAGAAAGA